GUGUCACAUCUCCUUCCCGCCAACCUCUCUCUCACCUCUAAUCUUCCUCCAAUUAAAAUUCGUGAUUCUGAUUUCUCAAACACACACAAACAUGGAUUUGUGUAUUUGAUUCUGUUCCCUAAAGUUUUGAUUUUUUUUGUCACGAUUAUUAUCAUUAUAUUGGGACAGAUUUUUCAAAAAAGAUGACGCCGGGUUCAAAGAGGAAGACACCACCAGGGGUUCAGCUUCUGAGGAGAAUCAGAGGAAGAAACUGGAGCCCGAAGACGUUUCGCUACGUGAUUCUACUGAUCACUUUCAUCGCGUACGCUUGUUACCACGCUUCUCGAAAACCAAGCAGCAUAGUCAAAAGCGUUUUGCACCCAGAGCCAAGCACUAAGCCACCACCGCAAGCUCAUAUUAUCAACGAGCAUCCUUGGCCUUUGGGAAACGUGUUCGUGAAGGAAGAAGCGAAUGCAAAUAAUGAGUCUAAAGGAUGGGAACCGUUUAACGGGAAAGGUGGUACGUCGAGGCUAGGAGAGAUCGACGUGGCGUUUCUCGCUUGUUACUCGUUGGGAAUGUACGUUGCUGGACAUUUGGGUGAUACGUUGGAUCUGAGGCUGUUUCUGACUUGGGGAAUGAUUGGGAGUGGAUUCUUCGUGGGGCUGUUCGGGAUGGGCUAUUUCUGGAAUAUACAUUCGUUUUGGUUCUUUCUGGUGAUGCAGAUGGCGGCUGGGUUGUUUCAGGCGACGGGCUGGCCGUCUGUUGUGGCUGUUGUCGGGAACUGGUUUGGGAAGAGGAAGAGAGGGCUUAUAAUGGGGAUAUGGAAUGCUCAUACUUCUGUCGGGAACAUUUGUGGUUCUUUGAUAGCUGCUGGUGUUCUUCAGUAUGGUUGGGGAUGGUCUUUUAUAGCUCCUGGUUUUGUCAUGUCUUUAGGUGGAGUUCUUGUUUACUUGUUCUUGGCUGCUUAUCCUGAGGAUGUUGGGUUUCCGGAUAUCAAUUCUAAUUCCGGUAAGUUCAUUAAGAGGAACAGAGACAUUGAAGAAGAAGAAGAAAGUGUAGACGCAGAUGUUGAAGGAGAAGAAAGUGAGGGUUCAAGGUUUAGGUAUGAGAAUAAAAGAAGUGUUGGUCUUUUGCAAGCUUGUAUGAUUCCUGGUGUUAUACCAUUUGCGUUGUGUCUCUUCUUCUCGAAGCUGGUGGCUUACACGUUCUUGUACUGGUUACCGUUUUAUCUAAGCCAAACAACUAUUGGUGGAGAGUAUAUGUCUGUGAAAACAGCAGGAAACCUCUCCACUCUAUUUGACGUUGGAGGCAUUGUAGGUGGGAUUCUUGCCGGCUACAUUUCAGAUAAAUUCAAAGCAAGAGCUACGACCGCAGCAACUUUCAUGUACGCCGCGAUUCCGGCAAUGCUUGUGUACCAUUCCUAUGGAGGCAUCUCUCAGACAGUCAACAUCGUUCUCAUGAUGGUUGCUGGUUUGUUUGUGAAUGGACCUUAUGCACUCAUCACAACCGCGGUCUCAGCGGAUCUCGGAACGCACAAGUCUUUACAAGGGGAUUCGAGGGCGCUUGCGACUGUGACUGCCAUUAUUGAUGGGACUGGAUCUGCUGGUGCGGCUUUGGGUCCUCUUCUGACAGGGUUUCUUUCGACUUUGGGUUGGGAAGCUGUGUUCUAUAUGUUGGUCGUUGGGGCUCUUUGUGCUGGGUUGCUUUUGACCCGUCUUGUUAUUGCUGAAAUUAGAGAGAAACUUGGAUAUGUUGAUGAAGGUAAUGACCAAAUCUUUGUUUUGCUAAUCAGAGUGAAUUUUUAGAAACGUUAAUCCGAGUUUUAAUUUUGUUUGUUUUUGCAGCUGAUGCAUCUGAACCACUCUUAAACGAUAGAAGAUGAUGGAGAAGAGAAUAUAUGUGUGAGAACAGAAGACAUUGUUUGCAGUUUUGUUCUGUUAUGUAAUAAGAGUUUGAAGAGGAACUUACAAGUUCAUUGUACUUUGUGUGUUUGUCUGAUUAUGUUAUGAUAUUUGUUUUUGUCUAAUAACAAAUGAAGGGUGUUAGAGUUUUGCUUCC